GUGUGCUCAGUUAAUAUUGAACGGUGCUAUAGAGAACAACGUGCGAAUACAGCAAAACUAACGCUACGAAACUCGUAGUUGACUACGAAACAUUGGGAUUUUAAAGUGAUCUAGAAAAAUCAUACAUACACAUUUAAUAUAUUGCAGCAAAAGAAAAACCAAAUAGAAACGAAAAACGAACUUUAUAGACUUGUUAGCAUUUCAAAAGAAACUUACAAACCAGUAUUUGGCAAGUAACUCUUGCUUUAUAAUUACGUAACUAUUUUGGUGAACAUUUCACUUUUGGGUGAAAAUUGCUAGCAAAAGAUGUUGCGCGAUAGCUUUUUAGUGUUAACAUUGCUCCUAACGAUCGGAUAUCUGCAGGCGGUGCCAUACUUCGGCGAUAAUUUCGAUGAAGAAGCCGAAUUUGUGCCGCUCGAAAAACAGGGACGUGCCGGUUCACCGAAUGUCAGGGAGAAACCAUUUGAAGUUGAUGUUGUGACCAGUGAGAUUAAUGGCGGUAACCAAGCCCCCGGCGUGUAUUUCCAACAAUCAUUCCCCUUCCUCGGAAAUGAUUUCUUUAACUCAUUCGGCGGUUUUGGUUUUGGAGGCAUCCCACAAGAGCACUGGUGGAAGGGCCCGAACGUGUGUACCGACAAAGAAGAAGACGUAACUACAGUCGAUUCGAAAGCUAGUGGAACUGAAGAGAUUGCACCCGGUGUCUCAGAGAGCGUUGAUGUGAGACCCAACAUAUUUGGACAGUUCCAUAUUAGCCUUAAUUCAUGUGUUGAGAAGCCGAAUAAACAUGUAUGCACUCGUGUAGUUAACCAAAAUGGCAAAAAGAAGACCAUCACGAUCACACGUCAGUGCUGUCAUGGUUAUGGACGUCCACGUAAUGCUGACUUCGCAACACCAUGCGAAAAAAUGGAAAUCAAAGGCAUCGAUGCAACAGCAGCCGAUAUGGGAGCUAAAGAGUUCGUGGCAACAGCGAAGAAUGUAGGCAUCGGCGAAGUCUUGAGCAACAAAAACGUGACCAUCUUCAUGCCUGUGGAUGCGGCAUUCAAUAAUUACAUUGAUCAAUUGCAAAGCGAAAAUAACGCUGUUGAGCCCAAGGGUGAUGCCGCAAUGAAGAACUUAUACAAACGCCACAUUGUUGAUGGUGAAGUCAGUUUAUAUGAUCUCAAAAACGACCAGUUGCUGAAGACUCAAGAACCCGAGCAGUCCAUACGCAUUAAUGCCUUUGAAGUGCCAUUGGCUUUGGGCGGUGAACCCUACCGCUUUACCGCCAAUUGCAUACCAAUUGAAAAGCAUGAUAAACUAUCGGAACAGGGUUUGAUACACACCUUGGGUGGUGUUAUGAAGCCAGUAACAAAGAAUGUCAUGGAUUUGAUUCGCGAACGCCCCGAUAUGUCGAUCAUGCGCACUGUACUCGAAAACACCAAACUAAGCGAACUGCUGGAGGGUGAGAAACCAGUAACCAUCUUUGUGCCAACCGAUUAUGCCUUCGAAAAAGUCGAUCCACAUCUACGUCGUGCACUCAAGGAGGGCAAAGGCUGUGGUGCUAAUAUUUUGAAAAAUCACAUACUCGAUCUGACCUUCUGCUCCGUUGCCUCUAUACCUGGUGCCAAGACAACCGCCUACAACUUGCUCGGUGAAGCGAUGCGUUUCAAUCGCACCGAAUCGACCGUUGGCAAGUCAGAGGUCGCCGAUUUAGUCGGUGAACAGCCGGUAGUGAUCAAUAACAUUGCGAAAAUCACUGAAGCGGACAUAAUGGGCACAAAUGGCGUGUUGCACGUAAUUGAUACUAUCCUACCAACCGAAUCGGCAUUGCCGCUAUCGACACUGAUGCAAGAAAAGAAUGUCACUAUCUUCAAGCGACUACUUGAGGCAGCUGGCUUGGUUGACAAAUACGAUGACAUGGAUAAUGUGACUGUAUUCGCGCCAACUGACAAGGCAUUACAAGCCACCAAGUGGGCACAGAUUUUGGAAGAGUCACCAGAUUCGUUGCGCAAUAAUGCCGAAUUGGUUGAAUUCCUUAACUAUCAUUUUGCCCAGCCGAUGACAAAGACCUGUGACUUGUCCGAUUCCAUUUUACCGACUAUUGCCGGUCCGGAAGUGCGCAUCAAUCUCUACUCCACACAUUCGCUCUUCUCCAAUGUUAUGAAUCGUGCCACGGUCAAUUGCGCUCGUCUCGUGCAUUUCGAUGAUGAAAGCUGUGGCUCUGUGUUGCAUCAAGUGGAUAAACCGCUAGUGGCACCAAAAAUGAAUCUAUUGCAACUCUUGGAGUCCAAUCCCAUGUAUAGCAAAUUCCUCGAAUUGGUGCGUGCCGCUAAUCUCACUAGCAUCUUAUCGAAUGUCAGCGACAGCUACACUUUGCUCGUGCCCAAGAAUGAUGUAUUCGAAGAAGUCGCCGACUGGGAAACGACACUUACAAAAGAUAAAGCCGAAUUGGAGAAUCUGAUCAAGACACAUAUUGUGAAUGAUGUUGUCUGCUGUGCAGGUAUCAUACCGACAAACUGGCCAUUUGUGCGUUCGAUUGAGUCGUUGAAUGGCGCACACUUGCGCAUUACACGCGAACGUCGUCCGAAGAUCGAAAAUGCUGGCGUUACCAAGUGUGAUGCGAUCGCCACGAAUGGUAUUGUGCAUGAGAUCAAUGAUAUUAUAGUUCCUCAAAGGCGUCAACAACAACAGCGACCACAACAACCGUUGUAUCGACCUCAAGUGGACACUUUUGGCGACUUAUUCUUCUAAAACACUGAAAUACGCGUACACACAUACGUACACUUUGUAGCGUUAGACAACAAUAUAUACAAACAUCAUUGUAAGGUGUUUUUUGUUUUAGAAUUGUAUAGCGCUUUGAGCACUAAUUAUAUAAUAGAUUUGUUGCAACAAGCCUGAAAUUGCGAUAUUUUUUAUUUGUGUAUUUAUUAAUUUAAUGAAAUUUCUCUAUAAUCUGAUAUACAUUCGAAUAUACAUAUACAUACAUAUAUACAAUACGUCUCUUUUUAAAUAUAAAUUAUACGAAUGCGUAUUAAAGCGUGAAUAACGGUCUUCACGAAAUAUAUACAUAUUUAAAUAAAAAAACUCAUACGUAGUUUUGCUUUUGCUUUAUUUAAUAAUGCAGGUGAAAAGUAACUAUUCGAGUAAAAAUUUUCGAAAAAGUGUUUAUAAUAUUCAAAAUUUACAUAAAAGCGAAAACUUUGAGCAAUUAUAUAUGACUAAAGUAAAAAUCAAAAUUUUGAAAGAAAAUAAUUAUAAGAAAGGUAAAAUUAUAAAUUCUAUAACCAACAGUUUUCUCGAGCUGACUUCAAGUCAUAUAAUUUUCAAUAUAUUAUUCAAAAAUAUAGCCAAAAGAUCGCAAAUAAAUAGCCUCUAUCGUUACCUUAGAGAACUAAAUAUAAUUCGAAUACCUUCAACGAUUCAUAACAUUUAAUCCAGUCGUUCUCAAGUUAUUAUUCUCAAAAUGGAGUUGGCCAUUUUCCUAUUUUAAUAUUUCGAUAAAACAGUAUUUUUGGGGAGACAAACACCUUUCGUUAAAUAUUACAGCAAAUCUGAUAGAACAAUCUCUAGUCAAUGAGUACUUUACUGAAUUUCGUCGUUAGCAAACUAGGACAAAUGAUGCACAGUGUUCACAGAGGCUACAAGAGGCAAUAACAUCAGUAAACAUCGCGAAAAGUUUUAAAAUUGUAUUGAGUGACUGUAAAAUCAAAUUAAGAGAGUUAGUUAAAAUCAUUGGCUUCUAAAAGGCAUUCGAAGGUAGUAUCAACGUCUUGGCUCAUUCAGCCUGUGAUAUGACCGUGGUCCCAGCGACAAUUUCCUCUUUCCCACACUCAAAAAAUGUCGUACAGGAAAAAUGUUGCUCUCAAAUGAAGAGGUCAGGAUAAAAAUAAAUACUUAUUUUGAAAUACUGAAGCAGAAUUUCAAGCCAAAAACCUACGACUUGGUUAAAAAACCAAAAUUUUGUUCUUAAAAUCUAUUUACAAUCAUGACAUAUUUUAAUAUAGAUUCUAAAUCACUUAAUCUCAAUUUGUGGAAACAUAAGGAAGUAAAGAUCUAUUAUCUAUAAUCAUAAAUAGAUAACAAAUAAAGAAGUGCUAAGUUCGAGUGUAGCCAAAUCUUACAAGUAUAUAGGUAUACUAUCGCAAUGUGUAAUAAGAAAAAUGUGUAAAAAAAAAAAAAUUCGAAAAAUUAGUCUGAAGUAGGGAUAAAGGAAUGGAAUUCCGACUUUAUUUAGCAUGUAUAAUAUUUGAGUGUAUAUAAAAAUUGUACCAACAUAUUGAUCGAAAAGUGAGUCAAUCUUCAGAAUAACAGUUUUAAGAGAUCAUACAUUUAAGGAACUCAUGCUAUCCUUAAGACUCGCCAUUAAAUUAUGUAUUAUGUAGCUCUAUAACUAUUUUUCGUAAAAUAGCGAUUUUUUUUUUAAUUUUUUCCUGUAAAAAUACAAAGUAAAUUGUUUGUAAAGACAUGUUGCAAUAAUAACAAAAAGUCAUCUGAAGCUAAAGUUAAAAUUUCAAACCGAUACCAUCGCCACGCAAUUUGAAAAAUGCAGGCUGACCCGAACCCUUCGACACUACAGCGAAAUGAACAGAGUGAAGGAUUUUUUGUCCUACCAAUUGAAUAAUGUUUUUUAAUGUUUUUUUUUGUUUAAGUACAAAAUAUAUCCUAUACUAGCCUUUCAAAUAUAAUUUUUCUCUUUGAUUAUCCCUACUAAUAUUAUAAAUGCGAAUGUAAGUUUGUUUGUUACGCUUUCACGCAAAAACUACUGAACCGAUCAUCAUGAAACUUUGUACAUAUACUCUUGAAGGUACUAGAAGCAACAUAGGGUACUUUAUAUUAAUAAAAAAUUUUUUAGGAAAGAUAAAACAAUUGUUUGUCAACAAAUUUAUUUUUUCCUCGACGAGACAAUAUGGAUGAUUUUGAGAAUGAAAUUGCACGAGAGCUAGAUUAUGAUUUCAUAGCACUGCGACAUCAAGUGACAGAAUUAGUUCCUCAAUUACUUCCAGAGCAAAAUCAUGUUUUCUAUCAAGUUUUACGUAAAAUAGACUCCGGUAGUGGUGGACUCUUCUUUCUCGAUGCACCAGGAGAAACUGGAAAAACGUUUUUACUAAACUUAUUAUUAAUGUCCGUCAGAAAAGACCAAAAAAUAGCAGUUGCCGUAGCUUCGUCAGGUAUUGCCGCGACGCUAUUAAACGGCGGUCGUACGCACAUUCCGUUUUAAAAUUACCAUUGAAUUUGGCACAGGAAGAUUCGCCAAUCUGUAAUUUUAGUAAAAAUAGUUCACGAGGUAGAAUGCUGCGAGAAUGCAAGCUUUUAGUGUGGGAUGAAAGUACAAUGUCUCACAAAAAGGCUAUAGAAGCUUUAAACCGGACCCUCCAGGACUUGCAAGAUAGUACAGAUAUAAUGGGAGGCAUGGUGGUUUUAUUGGCUGGUGAUUUCCGUCAAACCCUCCCAGUGAUUCAGAGGGGGACACCAGCAGAUGAAAUUCAAGCGUGCAUUAAAUCGUCAAGCUUAUGGUCGACAGUUAAAAAACUCCGCCUGUAAACGAAUAUGAGGGUGCAUUUUCAUAAUGACGUGGAUUCAGGACUUUACGCAGAAAUGUUGUUGAAAAUUGGUGAUGGUUGUUUAGACGUUGACGCUGAAGGCUACAUAUCACUGUCAAGAGAAUUUUGUAAUUUAGUAAAAAGUGAUGUGGAUCUCAUUGCUAAUGUUUUUAAGGAAUUAAAACAAAAUUUGUGUAGUGAUCAGUGGUUGUGUGCAAGAGCAAUAUUAGCACCAAGAAAUGAAAUUGUUAAUAGGAUCAACAAUGACAUUUUAAACGAGGUUCAGGGAGAAAUGAAGGAAAAUUUGUCAAUGGAUACAAUUAUGGAUACGGAACUAAGUACUUCACAUCCUGUGGAGUUUUUAAAUUCACUUGAACUAUCGGGUGUACCGUCACAUAAACUUCAAUUGAAACUAAAUGUACCAGUAAUGCUUAUGCGAAAUCUAGAUGCUCCUAGGCUAUGUAAUGGAACAAAGCUUCGGAUAACAAAAUUGGGACAAAACAUACUUGGUGCUACUAUUUUAACAGGUGUCGGUAAAGGAAAUAGUGUUAUAAUACCUCGGAUACCAAUUAUUCCCACUGACUUUCCAUUCCAAUUUAAAAGGAUUCAGUUUCCCGUCAAGCUUAGCUUUGCUGUUACUAUAAACAAGGCACAAGGACAAACAUUACAGGUAUCAGGAGUGCAUUUAGAAAACCCAUGCUUCUCUCAUGGUCAGCUUUAUGUAGCCUGUUCACGUGUAUCUAAUGCCAGGAAUUUACACAUAUUUGCACGCGACAGGAAAACUUAUAACAUUGUCUACAAAAAUAUCUUAAAUUAAUACUUUGUAUUUUAUUUUUUUAAAUUGUUAGAAUUCAGAAUUAUUUAUUUGUGUGACGGUGAAAUAUAUUUUAACAUUUGUUGUUGCAUUUCAAUAGGCAUAUAUUAAAGUGUUGAAACUUCUGUCUGUAGUAAUUUUUAAAAAUUGUUGAUCUCAGCCAAACAAUCAAAUUUAGUUAUCAAAUUGACUCAUUUCUAUUAUUAUACCCUUACCCUUUAUCUCCCAUACUUAUGACUUACGUAAUGACUCCACUGCAGGCGAAGCCGCGGGUAAAAAGCUAGUAUUAUAUAUAUAAAUAUAUAAUUCUCUUAGGUUCACACUUGAGUGUUCUUUCUUUAAUUUGUAGUAAAUUAGAAACGAUAAUGUGUCACAAUAUAAUUACUUGAUACAGUAUAUAUGUAUAUAUUCUUAGAUUUUAUAUGCACAUGAGUAUGUGUUAUCAAAAUACCACGUAGGGGGGACGACUGCUAUAUUAUCAACAUAUUUUUAUAGUCAACGCUCAAUUGAACGCUCACCGGCCUAUUCUCAAUUUACAUAAGUGGUAGUGAGAGUGAACUGAAAAAAGAGCCGUAUGUACUCUUACCCAGUUUAGCAAACAUAUGCAAAUAUAUGGUAAGUAUAUACACUCCUUCAUACGAAAACACCUAGUACAUAUGAUAUUUAAGGCUUUGAAACAAUUAUUCUCAGUCCACCGGCACUUUGAGUCGCAUAAAGACGCGAAAAUUAUUAAAUUGCAAAUUGUAUACGUAAAUUCUAGUUUUUCAAGUUUCAAGUUUUUUGUUGUUUGGUUUUAGUAAAAGCGUUUAAUUGAACAAUGUCCACACUUCCCGCAACCUUUAUUAAAGAUUUCCACGAUGAAGAGCU